CACCUGAUUGGCUACAGAGCGUGACGUGUGACGCACGUUUUGUUGUGGAGCGCGCCAAACCUCUCUCUGAGAGCAGGGCAUAGUGCAACUGGACUUAUCUCUUAAAAAAGCAUCUAAUUUAAAGCAUUCAUACCUCACAGUGACCGCACACAUGGCGUCUACCAGCAAAACUCCGCUGCAGGCCCGAAAUUUGCCAUGGGUUGAGAAAUACAGACCGCAGACACUUGAUGAUCUGAUCUCUCACAAAGACAUUCUAAGCACUAUCCAGAGGUUCAUCAGUGAGGACCGGCUUCCCCACCUCUUGUUCUACGGCCCUCCUGGGACGGGCAAAACCUCCACCAUCCUGGCCUGUGCCAAGCAGCUGUACAAGGACAAAGAGUUCAACUCCAUGGUGUUGGAGCUGAAUGCAUCAGACGACAGAGGUAUUGAUGUAGUACGGGGCCCCAUUCUGAGUUUCGCCAGCACCAGGACCAUAUUCAAGAAGGGCUUCAAGUUGGUGAUACUGGACGAGGCCGAUGCCAUGACCCAGGAUGCCCAGAAUGCACUGCGGCGAGUGAUCGAGAAGUUCACAGAGAACACGCGCUUCUGUCUGAUCUGCAACUACCUGUCCAAGAUCAUCCCGGCGCUGCAGUCGCGCUGCACCAGGUUCCGCUUCGGCCCGCUGUCCCAGGACCAGAUGAUCCCGAGGCUGGAGCACGUCAUCCAGCAGGAGAAUAUCGACAUAACUCCAGAUGGUAUGAAAGCCAUUGUAACGUUAUCAUCAGGUGAUAUGAGACGAUCACUCAACAUACUGCAGAGCACCAGCAUGGCGUACGGGAAGGUCACUGAGGACACGGUGUACACCUGCACAGGUCACCCACUCCGCUCGGACAUCGCCAACAUCCUCGACUGGUCCCUCAACAAAGACUUCACCUCAGCGUACAACCAGAUCCUUCAGCUGAAGACUCUGAAAGGCCUGGCCCUGCAUGACAUCCUCACUGAGAUCCAUCUGCUCGUACACAGAGUGGACUUUCCCCCAGCUAUUAGGAUCGGUUUGCUCAUCAAGUUAGCUGAUAUUGAACACAGGCUGGCCUCGGGAACCAAUGAGAAGAUCCAGCUGAGCUCCAUGGUUGCAGCUUUCCAGGCCGUGCGAGACCUCGUGGUCAGCGAGGCCUCCUAGAUCACUGCGUCUUCCUUCAGAGUCUGUCCAUUUAAAACACGGAGCGCGGUGCGGUGAAAAGAAAAUGAUCAGUGAUUCGGUUUAAACUACAGAAGGAAAAGGAGUGGGACCGUAUUGUUCCAGCCAGGCAGAAUUUGGGCUGUGCACAGUGGCUCGUUUUGCAAAAUUUUCAUUGUACUGAAUAAAACCCCUCCACCAAUUAAAAAUACAGGGUCAUCCACAGAGAAGCAGGGCCCAAUGCCUUGCUCAAGAGCACUUCAGCAGGGCAGGUAUGUGCUUGAAGCUGCAUCCCUCCCUGAUCACUUUUCACCAAAAAAUGUUUAACCACAUCAGUGAGGUUUUGAAUGCCUGUGUGUUCUACCUCCAUUUCUGACCAGAUGUGUUUAUAUGGUUCAUUUUUUCCCCGCCCUCUUGGUAUAUGAGUAAUAAAUGAGUUUGUUGUUAGUGGCUCUGGUAAUAAAAUAAGAUCUUUCAUUUUGGCAUUGAAUCAAAAUAUAGACUUGAAAACUUCACAUGGUGGAGGUUCACCUGUCAGAUCAGUUGAGAGUCACCAGUUCAUAAUGGAUGCUGGUAUGAGGUAAAGCAGUAAUGCCUCAGAAACGGUGCCUGUCUGAUAAUGUAACUCACGAGAAGAAGAAUGUUCAUGCCAUUUGUUUUUUAAUCUGUUUAAUAAAACAUUUCUGAUAUGUA